UACUUUCAAUAAUCCGAGGUACAUUGAAUGCAGCGUUAAGCUAUCCAACGAAUCAGAUGAAACAUGCAUUUUGCUCCAUCUUGCUGUCUGCAUUCAUUUCAAAGAACUUCCAUGCAUUGAACUUAAAUACUGAAAAUGGCCUCCAGUGUCCCAGAUGAGCUGAUGAUGAACUCUACUCUGAUCAAAGAAUUAGCAGACGUGGCAAAAGAUGAAGCACUUCUGCAGGGAGUAUUAAUGAGAACCAAGGAAACUCCAAACUCAUCUGAGUUGGUUACAUAUGCUCCAUUCACCCUCUUCCCCUCGCCCAUGCCCAAAUCCGUGUUCAUCCAGGCUCUUGCAGUGCAGACUCACUUCAACACAAUGGUGGACAAGAUAAGCCAGGACACAGAGUUCCUGCAAAAGGCUUUAGCCAGCACUAUUGAAGUGGAUGAUUUCACUGCAAGGUUGUUCAAGAUCCACCAGCAAAUCCUCAAAGAAGGAAGGUCCCAGUCUGUUGUUCUGGGUCUUAAUCGUUCCGACUACAUGUUGGACCAGAGAGAGGACGGCACGUCUUCUCUGAAGCAGAUAGAGAUCAACACGAUUGCUGCAAGCUUUGGGGGCCUCUCCUCACGCACACCUCAAGUACACAAACAUGUCCUGAAGGUGGCUGGUAGACCAGAGGAGAGCCAGCGAAUCCUAGACAACAACCCUGCCGCUGGUUUGGCCAGGGGACUCGCCAAAGCCUGGGAGCUGUAUGGAUCAGAGAGGGCAGUUGUCUUGUUCUUGGUAGAGGACGUUCAGAGGAACAUUUUUGAUCACCGCUACAUUGAAAGUGAACUCUGGAAGAGAAACAUUCCCACAGUAAGAAAACGGUUUGAUGACGUCCUUGAAACAGGAUCUCUUGAUCUAGACAAGAGGCUGUUUGUGGAUGGAAAGGAGGUUGCAGUGGUAUACUUCAGGAAUGGUUAUAUGCCACAGAACUACACUAAUGAGCAGUCCUGGGACGUUCGUCUCAUGAUGGAGCGCUCUCUGGCAAUAAAGUGUCCAGAUAUCAGCACUCACCUGGCAGGAACCAAGAAGGUCCAGCAAGUGUUGGCCAGACCUGGAGUUCUGGAGAAGUUUUUCCCAGACCAGCCUGAGGUGGUGAAGCAAAUGAGGGCAACUUUUGCAGGCCUCUAUUCUCUAGACAUGGAACAUGAGGGUGACGAAACUGUAGCAAUGGCUUUGGCAGAACCGGACCGGUUUGUUCUGAAACCUCAGCGAGAGGGAGGAGGUAACAACAUCUAUGGCUCCGAGAUUACCCGGGUCUUAGGGGAAGUGAAGGAGAGCACAGAGCGGACAGCUUAUAUCCUCAUGGAUAAAAUUAAUCCCACUCCCAUACGGAACUACUUACUAAGAGAAGACACUCCCCUCACAAUCAGCAACUGUCUUAGUGAACUGGGAGUGUUUGGAGCAUAUGUAAGGCAGGGUGAGCACAUGGUGUUGAAUGAGUGUGUGGGUCAUCUACUGAGGACCAAGAGUUCAGAGCAUGCAGACGGGGGUGUCGCUGCUGGUGUGGCCGUUCUGGACAAUCCUCUGCUCGUCUAACAAGCCAUUACUCAAAGGCUGAAUACAACACAGCUUAGCUACGACUGAAAAAACACCCGGAAGAAAUCCUCAAAGUUUAUGUUCAUUUUACCUCAUAGCACCGAAGGUUAAAGCAUCCUUCUAAUCAUUAGAUGGUGACUGAUUUUUUUCAUUAUGUGUAACCUGUUAUUUUGCAGUAAUUUAUACAAACCAUUUCAGCAGUUUUUGAAGCAUGGAAUCUUGUUGGAAAGAAUAUUUCUGCUCAGACUCUCGUCAAAGUAGAACAUUUAAACCCAGCAAGGGUUUGAAAUGCACACAUUUGAAGAGCACACUUUACUUGGUUGACUAAAAGAGACUUUAUUUCUUCUUCUUCGUAGAUUAAGUUGUGCUUCAUGUAUUUUUAUUUUUUGGUCCUCCUUGUAGGGAAAUGGAAAUAUGUAAAUAUGUUUCAUAUAUAUAUUCCUCAGGUUGCUAUCAUAGAUUGAUUUCUUGUGACAUUGAAGCAUCAUUACGCUACUUGAACAGCUGACUAAGAUAUAAUGUGAAAUUAAGGCUUAUCUCAACUUGAUUUACUAAAUACAGUGAAGGCUGAGGGUGGUUUGUUUUUUUGGAUUGGAUUUAAUUUCUAUCUGAAUAAAAAUAUACGUUGAAGGAAACUUGUUUAACUCAUUUCAUCAUCAAAUGAAAUCUCUGAAAAGGAAGAAAGUGGCUGUUAAAUUAUCCAGUGGGUAUUCUUAUCUUUCUAUUAACUGGGUUUACCUUUUGAUUGAUUUAUUUACAUUUAAGAUGCUGAGACAUUUUCUGUAGGCUAAAAAUCACAGAAGAAAAUAAUAAUAAAUGUGGAAAUAAGUGCUGCUUUGUUAGUAGAAAAAGGAUAUUUUUUGUACAUGGUGUUGUUAUUUUAUGUUCUUUUCUAUUCCCAGCCAGCUGGGAAUUUAUAUGUCUGAUACUUUAAUAUGUUUAUUGCCCCCGGUAGGGGGGAUAAAAUAUGUUAUUUAAUCAGAUAUUGUUUCAGCUGUUAUAUAUUGUUUAUGACACACAGUCCUACUAACUGUGUGUUAGAACAAUAAAUGAAAGAGUGAUUC